UAUAACACAAAUAAUCACCAUUGUAAGACUCGUCGAGUAGAAAUGAAACAAAAAAUUAAAUCGAUUAUGUUUAUGAAACAUCGUCGUUUAAAUACUAAUCAAAUACAAACAAUUCACGUACACAAACGUUUUUUCCAUUAGCACUAGACACAUAUUUAUUUAAAAUUUAGUAGACAAUUUCACAAACUUCGAUUAAUUAUUAUUAAAUUAAACUUACUCAAUAAUUUGUUUAUUAUAUUCAAGUUGAACUGAUGUUUGUUUAAUGUAUUGCUGAAGGACCCAUGAUUUAAAUCAAAAAACAUUUUGAGGAAAAUCUGUUUUAUAUUUAAAUGACUGUGACGUAACUUUCACAAAAAUAGCAAUGUUAUCAGAAAUUAAUGCAGCCAUCAAACAAAAUAAUUUUCAACAAGUGAAAAUUUUAGUCGAAGCUAUUAACGAAGAACACAAGAAUACAUUUAAUUUUAAUUCCUUUCAUGCGAAUAAUACAUUCAAAGAAUUAUGGGAGUGUAUGUUUCUAUGCUUGACAGUGGACAGCAGUAAAAGCAUAUAUAAACAAUGUUUAACCUGCAUCCGACUUCUAAGCCGAGACAAAACACAUUUAAAUGAAAUCAUUACAGAAAAUCAUGUAAACAUUCUACUUCAGUGCGCCAAUCUUGUAGAAGACUCACUGUGCAUACUAAUAACAACUGAAAAUACUGAUGUUAUCGUAGAAGGCCUGAAAUGUCUGUGUAACAUAGUUUAUAACUGUAAUGUUGCGCAAGAAGUGUGCUGUUCUAAUAAGACAGUUGACUGUAUUAUACUCAGACUAAGAACAUAUUUUGAACAGAAUAUUCCUUACGUCAUUAAGUAUUUUGAUAUCAAACUUUUAUUCCUUCUUACAGCAUUUAACAAAAAUAUAAGAAUAAAAAUCACAAAAGAGUUACAUGGGCUUACAUAUCUUAUGGAAGUCUUGGACAAUAUAUUACGUGAGACCAUCGAAGAUGCUUCUAAAAACAAUCCAUCUAAUUUACAAGAAGAAAAUGUUUCACUUAGCUGUGAAAUACUGAAAACAUUAUUUAAUUUGACUGUAAUUCCAAACAAUGAAACACCUGAGGAAGAUGAUUAUUCCAUUUGGAUUAGACUGAUUUCUAUAUUACGCGAUUUACUUGUCACUUCAACUUUUGUUCCAUCAUUUCAAGAUAACAUUGUUUGCAAUGUUGUAAACUUGUUGACAAAUGUUCCACCAACUUGUUUAGAUCAGUUGUUGAUUAAAAGUCAUUGGUGUGAUGUUGAUGCUUUAAAAGUGAUUUUAAAUUUUCUUGAUGAUAGAUUGUCUAAUACAGAGAAUCCUUUGUAUGAAAAUAUUUCACCAGUACUGAUGGUUCUAUUAAAAGGAUCAAGAUCUAUUGCAAAAUUUCGUUGUGAAGUUCGGCAGCAAAUUUUACCUCCCUUAAAAGAUGUUAUUAAUCGCCCUGAACAGGGAAAUACAUUGCGUAAUAAAUUGUGCCGUUUGCUUACCAUUCCUAAUGUGAGUCUACGAGACUUGGUUGCCGAAUUGCUAUUUGUUUUAUGCAAAGAAAAUGUGGGUCGUAUGAUUAAGUACACUGGGUUCGGUAAUGCAGCCGGUUUGUUUGCAAAUCGAGGAUUACUUUGCAAAACAUCAAAUCCGGAUUACUCGUCAGACAGUGAAGAUAGUGAUACUGAAGAAUACCUAAGAUACAAAGACCAAAUAAAUCCGGUUCUUGGUUGCUACGAACCACCCAAACCUAAUCCAUUCGAGUGCAUGUCUGUUGAACAACAAGAACACGAAGUUAUGCAAUUAGUUUCUAAAAUGGACAAACUUACCAGAGAGGGAGUGAUACAACCAUGUAAAAUUGGUGAUGAUGGUCGCCCACAACCUAUUGAGCAUGUUCUUCAACUUCAAGAAGAAUUAAUGAACCAUUUUAGUAACAUCAAGAAUAAAGAUGGCCUAGACGAUGAAAGCAAUUGAGUCAUGAUUAUAUAAUAUAUAAUGUAUACUUUUA